AUGGAUUUCUAUGGGACUUCUAGAGAAUCAAUUAGAGUCACUGCUCUUGAACGAUUAACACAGUUGACUGUUGAAAAAACAAAUUCGGCGGUGAGCUUAGAUAAAGCUGUCUCGCCCGGUUUCAAGAAGAUUUUAGAAAGGACUAGACCAUCGUCGGACAAUUUUAAUGAGCCAAUUUCGCAGAUUGAAUUGGAUACGCUCUUUGCGCUGUGCAGGAGUUCUAAGCAUAUAAGGAACAAAGUUCAAGCAGAAAUUCUUUUUUCCAGGUUUGAAAGAUAUCUCAUUGAUGCCAAAUAUCAAAAAUUCCAAUCUGGAAGAUCUACUCAAAACGCUUACCCAAACAUUCGUACUAAGAUAGCAUAUGAAUUAACAAAUGCGAUUGCAUGUCUUGGUUUGAAGUUUUCCACAUUGAGGCAAGAAGCAACUGAAACCCUUCAGCAGUUUUUGUUGGGAUAUAGAUCCGAUAUUGAUCUGCAUGCAUCAUUUGCACUUGUGGGUUUCUUGCAGGGAUUAGUCGACAAUGCAAAAAUUCUUAGUCCGCAGUUGAUCGAGGACUUACUCAAUCUUUUCAAAAAAGACAAUUUCUACAAAGAAAUCAGCUCUGUUGCAGACAAUGUUUCAGUUUUAAACGAUGUCAACUGGCCUCCAUCGGUUAUAAAUUCCAACUAUGAUUUUUCAUUCCUACUGUUUGUUCAUUUAUUAGGUCAAGUAUGUAUUGAACUUUUCAAAAACAUGGUUCACGUCCCAGAGGAUGAAACGCUAACUAAGCGUUUGCUUAAAUCCGAUUCUGUCGCAUACAACAUCACUUCGGAUGAUAAAGUUCUCAUUAAAGAUGCAGUUGAUGGAUACUCUCAAUGUAUCAAAAAUUUGGAAAACAAGCAAGGUAUGAUAUCUAUUAGUUCUUCUAAGAGGGUGCUCUAUAACAAUGUAAAAGCAAUCAGUCUUGAUUUAAUGCUUUUGGGAUACGUUGCUUCGGUCGUUCCGUUUAAAUGUAUGAGCGAAUUGGUUGUAAAUUACAUGGACUCUCUUUCUCAGCUAAGAGAAACAGGGACUGACCAGAUUGUGGAGGAGAUAAACUCAGAUUUGAUGCUGAGCACAUUUUCUGCGGCUGCGCUUCUUUCUGAAAGUGAUCGAAAAUUUGGUCUGCUGGUUACAAAAAGUUUCCCUGUUAUUUUAUCGUACCCAAUUAUUGAUGAAGCAAAUUCAAGAGCCCUAGCGCAGUCACUUACAUUCAGCUUAAAGACUUUAUCCGAGGAUGAGGUUGUCUCCUGUAUUUAUAGCUUGACAAACUUGCUUCCUGAUCCAAUUACAACGAACGAGACUAAGGAUACAACAUCUAAUGGAAAGAUACCAGAGGCAACACGAAACACCACAGUAGACGGGGAAGAUAGUGACUUUGCAACUUCCAACAAUGCUGGCUCUCAUUAUCUUACAAGAGAAGCUCAGGAAGUUAUGUGCAAGAAUGUUGUUGGUGUGAUCCUUGAAAUUUCAAAAGAGUUUAGUGACGAAUCCAUCAACAUUCUUGUGAUAACACUUCUUUCGCAAAAAAUAAGAAAGGUGCCCGAUGAGUUUAAUUGUAUAUUUUUAGAGAGCUUGGUAGAUUUAGUGGACGUUAUGAAGAACAGGGAGUUUUCAAUUGUGUUGAGAUUCUUUUAUGAGGCGGCAGCUACUUGUAAACCAGAUUCUAAGAUAGGAAGAAUGACCAUGCACGUUUGGGUUAAACUAUCCGAGAGUUUGGCUAAAAAACCCGAUGGGGAGCUAUACAAACUUUAUCUCAAGGAAAUGCUUUCAUCUAUUGUUGCUAAAGGUGAUCUAGAAGAUGCAGAUCACCACAGAUCAAAUAAUGAUGUUGCCGCAUCCGCAUUGGAAAUUGAAAGUUUUUUAGAGCCGUUAGCACACGUUCUUCCAAAUAUUACAGAAGAGCCUUUGAAAAUUACUGACAAAUCUUUGAUGGGCCUUUUUAGAGAUGCAUGGUUUAACCUUUGUGUUCAUGGUUUCACAUAUAAUUCUCCUCGCUAUAAAAAAGAGUAUCUCUCUCUUAGAAGAAUAGCCUACAAUACUCCAGCUUUGGCAUCCGACUUAUCUUGGAAUAGGAGCGAAACAUCGAUAGAGUUAAAUACUGUCUUAAGAAGAGCGUCUUCCAAGCAGACAGAGAAACUCUACAGGGAUACGUUGAGUGACAUUAUUUCAUCAAAAAAGAUCAGCGCCAAGGUAUUUGAGACUCAAGUUUCACGACCUGGCUUGAUAUUCCUUUCAACAAAUUUACUAGUGGAAAUGCUCCGGGUAGAUUGUGGUAACUGCUCAACAUGUUUGGAGUAUCUGUCAGAUCCAUCAGUUACAAUUGCGCACCUCGACACCUUUGUAGGUGCUAUUGCGUACUUUUGCUGCUCUCAGUAUAUUAAUAGGAUGCGCGUAGGUGGAUCAUCUCAAUUUACUGUCAAGAGAGUUACAGGUCAGCUUCAACAGUUAUUCAUUUAUUGCUGUCAUAGAGAUCAGAAUCUUCAAACUGUUGCAUUUCAAUGCGCCAAUCGGAUUAUAACAUUGAUUCCAUCGUCUCUUUGCCAUGAGAAGAGUGCUUUUUCUAUGCUGGAUAUUCUUACUCUCCUUUAUAACAGUAUUGUUGAUGCAGAUACCCACGAAUACGAACCAAAUAUUAUUUUUGUUUCCGAUAUUAUGGGGAUAAAACUGACAUUGUCUGACUCUUAUCAAUGGAGGAAACAAACGCUUAAUAAAUUUAGUUCAUUCGCUGAGAAGAGCAUUUCCCUUGUUUUGAGUAGGGCUGAACAAGAUAUGACAUCUAUUCUAUAUGCUUAUCUGAAGAAGACAGAGCAACACAGAAGUGGAAUGAAGUACGGUGCUGAUUUUGCUCUCAAAAUGACGAAUAAAGCAGCUACGAUGGAUCAAGAAUAUUAUAAAUUGGGUCCAGUGCGUACCGCAAGGCACAAGCUUGUCUCAGAUCACUAUGGGGCAAAAUCAUCAACUAUUUUGGGGAAAGAUGAAGAACAAAGUGAUGACUCUUUCGAAGCAAUAGACGAUAGAGAAAGAGAAACAAUUGGCAAAUUGUCGAUUAGAGUGUCCUCACUAAAGGAGAAACAUCUUUCGGGAGUAAAAAUCACACAUUCAGAAGUUGUAAGUGUUAUGAACGAUAUAACUAGUGCUAUUGCAUUUACACACUCCAAAGUGCGCGGUGAACUUGUCAGGUGGGCCAGCGAGCUUCCCUUUUUGGAGUUCACAUCGCAAAGUAUUGAUAUGGCCACUAACAUAUGGUUAGGAAUAAUGAAAGACAAGCCGGAGGCUUCGGCUGAGCUUCUUUCUGAAAUUAUACUUCAAUUUGAGCUAUCCGUGGGUCUUGGAAUUGGCCUUUAUUCUAGAAGAGAUUCCGUAAUGCCUCCUGCGAUGUAUCCGAUGCUAUAUCUUCCAACCAGAAAAGAAGUAAUUUCUCACUUUGAAAAGACUGCAGAGGCUAACAUAAGGCCCCAUUUGGACUUGAUCAGGCUUUUACAUUCACAUUUCCAAUCAUCAAAGUUUGAAAGUGAUCACACUUUAAAAUUGUUCACGGAUUUAAUUGUUUCAUCUUUGAAGGGUCUUAUUAAAGGCAGCGAACAUCCAUAUGCUCGUCUUGCCAGAUUUGAGCUUAUUAAAUUUGCAAUUUCGAUUCUAAAAGCACACCUGGCUUUGAGUAGCAGGAGUAUUCCACUCCUCAUCAAUCUUAUUCUUGAUGCCGCCCUUUCAUGGUUCAGUUGCAAGGCAAAGCCUCCAUUUGGAAGUAACAAACUCAGAACUAAGGCCGAAUAUUCGGCGUUGGUUGCCGUUGCGAAGUAUUUCUCUGAAGUUACUUUUAAUACCAAGAGCCAAGAACAAAAGAGAAACAUUUUAUUAAUGUUUUUAGACAGUGAGAUUGCUUUUCUCUAUUCAUGGCUUCAUCCUCGUGAAAAUAACGAGGGUCUUGUGUGCUAUUCUCAAUUUAAAUUUAAUGAUCGUGUGAUGUCAGAUGCAUUUUUCAUUGAUGGACGUCUGGCUGUAAAUUUAUUCGACAGAUAUGGCCAGAACAGUUUAGACUUACGGUCUAAACUUGAAAUGUUAAUUAAUAAAUAUCCAUUCAAAGUGAUUGAAGAUGCAUGCGCGGUGAACUUUUUGGCUUCUACCGCAAAAGGUCGGAAUUCAUCAGCCAUUCUUGUAUGGGGAGUGGCUUCACCACUAGACUCAAUAAGAUUUUUUAUGCCACCAUUCAAUACUAGCCCUUUGAUUUUACAAUAUGCAAUGAGUUCGAUUGAAUACUUUGAUUCUCAUCAGACCUUCUUCUAUGUGCCUCAGAUCGUCCAAACUUUAAGAUACGAUAAGUUAGGAUACAUCAGAAGAUACAUAUUGGAAACAGCCAAUGUUUCACCAUUGUUUGCACAUCAGAUUAUUUGGAACAUGAGUGCUAAUUCGUACAAAGACGAGGACUGCAAGAUUCCCGAUACCAUCAAGCCAACGCUUGAUAAUAUUAAAAAAACGAUGGUUGAGGAAUUCACCUCGGCCGAUAGAUCCUACUAUGAAAAAGAAUUCUCUUUCUUUGAUGCUGUCACUAAUAUUUCUGGCAAAUUAAAACCAUACAUUAGGAAAUCAAAGGCUGAAAAGAAGAGGAAAAUAGAUGAAGAAAUGAUGAAGAUUAAGCUUCAGGAUGGUGUGUAUUUACCAAGUAAUCCAGACGGAGUUGUUGUUGACAUUGAUAGAAAGUCAGGGAAACCUUUACAAUCCCAUGCAAAGGCACCCUUUAUGGCAACAUUCAAGAUAAGAAGGAAAGUAGAUCAAAUUUCGGAUGACAGUAGUGAAGAAAUCAGUGAUGAGUUAAAUUACGAGACGGUGAACCUAGGUGCAAUUUUCAAGGUUGGCGACGAUUGCCGACAGGAUGUGUUGGUUAUUCAAUUGAUGGCUAUAUUUAGAACCAUGUGGAUGACUGCAGGCCUUGACGUUUAUGUUUAUCCAUAUCGGGUGACAGCUACUGCUCCUGGAUGUGGAAUUAUUGAUGUUCUUCCAAACUCCAUCUCACGUGACAUGCUUGGACGUGAAGCUGUCAAUGGGUUGUACGAAUACUUUAUUACACAGUUUGGUCCCGAGACAUCACCCGAAUUUCAAAAGGCAAGAAAUAAUUUUGUUAAGUCUAUGGCUUCAUAUUCUAUUAUCACAUAUUUGCUAGCCAUUAAGGAUCGUCACAAUGGUAACAUAAUGUAUGAUAAUCAAGGCCAUGUUUUGCACGUGGACUUUGGUUUUUGCUUUGAUAUUGCACCAGGUGGGGUUACAUUCGAGCAGUCGCCUUUCAAACUCACCAAGGAGAUGGUGAAGGUUAUGGGCGGUUCAACUGACACCCAGGCUUUCAAAUGGUUUGAGGAGUUAUGCGUAAAGAGCUUCCUGGUUUGUCGUGAACAUAUGGAUAUGAUUAUUACAGCAGUUAUGCCGAUGCUCGACAGUGGUCUUCCUUGCUUCAAGAAUGCAACAAUUAAGCAUUUAAAGGCACGCUUUGUUCCGGAAAGAGAUGCCGAAGGUGCAGCUGCCUUUAUGAGGGGUUUAGUUAAAAAGUCUUAUUUAAGUGUUGCUACCAAAACAUAUGAUGAGUUCCAGAGACUUACAAACGGAAUACCGUACUGA